AUGUUGGCUUCUCUUUCCAGACUUGCUGCACUUUCAUGGGGAUCACAGUGCAAGACAGUUAGAGAUGUGAACAAAACACUUCAGGAAAAUAAACACGCAUGUCAUACUUCAAUUUCCAACCGUUGUGUCAAAACUUUGAUUAAAUUUUUGAAGGAUGCAGAUGAAUUAAAUGAUGUAAAAGAACAGAGAGAUGGAACAGAGGUGCUGCUGGCGAUUUUGAGAAAUAACAGCAGUGAAAUGCUACUGUUUGAUAAAGAUGAGAUUUACGUGUUGGUAUCGUAUAUUGAAACUGAAAUCACGGGAGAAGUCCUUCGUAUCAUAGAGGUUUUGUCUUCCCAACCUGAAUACAAGUAUAUGAUAGUGGCAUCUAGUGUUCUUCCUUCCAUUCUUGAAGUCCUGGAUGCCAAGACCACGGACUUUCAAAGUAUUGCCAUGAAGAUACUGUGUAAUUUGUCUUGCAAUUGUGAUAUUGGAUACCAUAUAGUGUAUGUGGACUGCAUUCCAAAGCUGAUUCAGUUAUUGGGUGAUCCAGAUCUGGCACAGUUUUGCAUUGAGAUCAUUAGGAACCUAUGCAGUAUAGAGGAGGUUUGGAUUGCAGUAGCUGAAACCAGCUCAUGCAUCGGUGACAUUUCCCAAAUACUCGAAACUGGAACAAAGGAGGAACAAGAACAUGCAGCAGGUGUUCUUCUUUUUGUAUGUCGUGAGCAUGCUGACUUCUGUCAACUGGACAUGAGAGACACCACCAUACAAUCUUUAGUCGAUUUGUCUCUCAAUGGGAAUUCCAUAGGUCAAAUAAUUGCCUUUGAAUUGCUCCACCUUUUGGAACAUGUCGAACAUGAUCCUUCAGAAUGUUCAAUUCUCGAAACUGAUCUGGCCCUUCUCGACAUCUCAAGCUCCUCCAACAACCAGUAUGAAGAUAAGAAACUGUCUUACAGGGCAUUUAUUUGA